GUUCCGUGUCUGUCAGUGUGGAGGUUUGCAGCCCUUCUCUCACUCCUCUCCCCCACCUAUCCUCCCGUGCAACACAGCAGACCUCCUCCUCUUCCUCUUCCUCCUCUUCUUCCUCCUCCUGCACUUCUCCUCUCGACGUGUGUGUGUGAGACAGAGAGAGAGGGGAGAGAGAGAGAGAGAGAGAGAGAGAGAGAGAGACCCUCCUCUACAUCAUCCCGCCUCGUUCUGUUUUGCGGUCAUGACGCUGGAAGCGAUCCGCUACCGGGCCGGGUCUCUGCAGAUCCUCAACCAGCUGCUGCUGCCUCACCAGACCGCGUACGAGGAGAUCCGCUCUGUGCAGGACGCGUACGAGGCCAUCAAGUCCAUGAAGGUUCGGGGCGCCCCGGCCAUCGCCAUCGUCGGCUGUCUCAGCCUGGCCGUGGAGUUGCGAGCAGGCGCCGGGGGUGAUGACCCCGUGACCUUCAUCAGGGAGUCUCUGUGUCACCUGACUUCCGCUCGACCCACCGCCGUUAACAUGGGCCGCGCCGCCCGUGAGCUGAUGGAGUUCGCUGAGAACGAGAGCAUGGAGAAGAACUCGGAGCAGCUCAGAGAAAGUGUAAUUGCCUGGAUCGAAGACAUGUUGGAGCGUGACGUCAAUGACAACAAGAAGAUCGGUAACUAUGGAGCCCAGCACAUCCUGUCCGGGGUUCCGAGGGCCUCUGUGACCAUCCUCACACACUGCAACACCGGCUCGCUGGCCACAGCUGGAUACGGGACCGCACUCGGUGUGGUGAGAAGCCUCCACGCGCUGAGCAGGCUGAAGCGCAUGUACUGCACGGAGACGAGGCCGUACAACCAGGGGUCCAGGCUGACGGCUUACGAGGCGGUAGCAGAGGGAAUCCCUGCCACGCUUAUCACAGACAGCAUGGCCGCCCUCACCAUGAGAGAGAUGGACAUCACAGCUGUGGUGGUGGGUGCAGACAGGGUGGUUGCUAACGGCGACACGGCCAACAAGGUGGGCACGUACCAGCUGGCCAUCGCAGCAAAGCACCACGGGAUUCCCUUCUACGUGGCCGCGCCCAGCACGUCGUGCGACCUGAGCCUGGAGAGCGGACGGGACAUCAUCAUCGAAGUGCGCCCCCCCGAGGAACUCACCAGUAUAAACGGAGUCCCCAUUGCUGCCCCGGGUAUCGAGGUGUGGAACCCGGCGUUUGACGUGACCCCUCACCAGCUCAUCACAGGGGGCAUCAUCACCGAGCUGGGAGUCUUCCUCCCCUCGGAGCUCCAGGCGGCGCUCACUGGCCGCCUCACGGCCCUCUAGAGCCGCUCAGCCCCGCCUGCUGGUCCGUGUGCACCACUGCACCUUAACGUCACACAGUCAAAGACACUCUCAUCUCAACACACACACACACACACACACACACACACACACACACACACACACACACACACACACACACACACACACACACACACACACACACACAGUCAUAGUUGUGGUUUAGUUUUUGGUUAAAGCACAGUCACUGUUACAUGUCAGUGGUGCACACAGAAGAAGAAAUGCUCUUCAGUCUCUCACUCACACACACACACACACACACACACACACACACACACACACACACACACACACACACACAUAAUCACUGCAGGGAGUCAAGCAGACACUCAUGUGCAGUCUCCCCUAAUAUUUUAUGUCCCUCUUUGUUUUUUGUGAUGUUACAUUACACCUUUUCCAUCCCGUCUUUCAUUCUCUCUUUCUAAAUGGCUUCUGCAACGACAGAAAGCGCUCAGCUGGACUCGAUCCCAAAAAUUCUAUUUGGCCAAAAAAACUAUGAGGUAAUUCUUCUUAAACUACAAACAAAAAAUCUCAGUCUGUUUCUUUAAUUUCAGAGUAGUGGUUUUUAUUAGCCAUGGUUUCUAAAAUGCUGCUACCCACUUGUAAAUACACAUAUUCUUGCUGGUAGUGUGUAAAUAUGUAGAAAACUAACUCCUAGUGAAAGGUACUGCUAUUUUAACCAAAAAUAUGGUUGUUUGAAAUUAAAUUUGACAUAAAAAAUGUUAUAUUAACAUUUAAUUUAUUUUGUCCUGCAUAGAACAUUUUGAAGAGGAAUAAUCCAAAUUCAUAGCUCAUAAAUACAUUUACUCAAGCAGAUUUUAGGGACAUGAAAAAAAGUAUUUUACCCUCAAUUUUUACCCUGUGCAGCAAAAUUUUGAAUUUCUUGAUCGGUCCUUGUAAGUCGGCUGAAGCCUGUGACAACACAUGGCUGUAAUUAUACCUCACUCCUUGUUUGUAUCUUGCUAUUCCCAGUUGUUCUGUAUCAUACCACACCUGUAUUCUCCAUAAUGUUCUUAUAAAUAUGUACCCAUAAUUAUUUCAGCACCAUACAGAUACUCACCAUACUGCACAGGAUUCUCUGUAAGAAUGGAGGGGAAAAAAGGGAAAUUGUGUCAUCUUUUGCCAUAACAGCUUUCGCUGUGAUCUCAGAGGUCUGUUAUGCUGUUGUAUUUGUGUAAUACAGGCAUCACCAUUAAAGGAAUAGUUCACCCCAAAAUGAAAGUUUGGUCAUCUGCUCACUUGCAUGUCAGUCAAGACUUAACUAAUGUUUGUGCAACCACAAAAUACAAGCUUCAGGCUUAGCUCAAGUUACUUAUCAAAACCAUUGUUUUACAGCCAAGAAAAAAGUUUAAAAAAAGAAAUAAUAAUCAAACAAUAACUUAAUAUCGUGAUAUUUGUAGAAGCACUGCUUUCCACUGAAGGGUGUGUUUAAAUAGAUCAGAAUCAGAACAAUAGAAAAGUGUCAUUCAACUCUUCAGCUUAACUUUUUCUCUUCUUUCAGCUCAUUUUUGGUUUGGUUUUACAGCCUUUAAUUGAACCUAUUUUUUUGUCUUUAUGUUUUUUUAUGAAACAGCUGUGGUAAACACACUUUACACUACCCGUUUAGCACCAAACAACUGACUUACUCGUUUAUAUUCUCCUCAUGAGUUGGUGGAAAACAAAUGAGAUCUGAAUUGAGAGUAAAUAUUGGACUUACAUUUGUCAGUUGGACACAAACAUGACUCCAAAUGAAAUGUUGCUCUGUGUCCACAGGAUGUGUAAAUAAGCGAUUAAUGCACAAAAUAGCAAUUAAUGCAGGUUUAGAUAUCCACAGUCUUGACAUUAUGCAGGUAUUUGAAAGUGUUUAGAGAACCAAAUCUGUAAAAACAUGGUUUUGACUUCAGUUUCUCAAAAGAGGGAAAUAUCAGGCCAACUAGUGAGACCAUACACACUUUGGCUUUAGUCAAAAGGUUGAUGAGAGGAGCAGAAGACUUCAUGUCUUUAUUUUGUGGUGAACUAUUCCUUUAGGAUUGUGGGGUCUUAUCCACACCGCGUACCUGUAUGCAGAGAGCUCUGGGACACCAACAAUCAGAAUGUAAUAUUCACAUCAGAUUAACUAUCUUUUGUCAACACAGAUUUCAGAGACUCAGUCACUUCCUGCCCUUCUGCUCGGUUCAGAAUGUGUUUCGACUGUUUGGAAUAAUCUUCCUCCUGACUGAAAUGCUGUUUUACUCCAGACUGACUUCCACCAGACCGUUUAGGACUACACAAACUGCUUUUCUCUGUAGUUUAUCUCUUCUAGGUCCUGAAGAUGGCAGAAAAAAUCUUCUGAUUUGUCUAGUGUUGAAAACGAUACGUAGGUUAAAUUUACAGAAAUAGAUCAGUAACUAUUAAGAUAACUUUUUUUUUUUUGCAAAAAUCCCAAAUGCAACCAUUUGCUUUUUUUUUUACCAGCUUUAUAUGGAUCAUCAAUUGCAGCCCUACAUGUACGACUUUCUAGUUUACUUUUUUUUAAGUUUAAAACCUGACUGACCUAAUAUUUACCCAGAACCAGUAGACUAUUAUUGUGAAAGGCGUGUGACUGAGUUCCUGCAGUUUUUGGCUCCUUAGAAAAGUCCUAGAUAUGUCGAUCUGUAUGGGACUCACCUUCUCGCUGCACUGAAUGUCACAGGUCCACACUCGGGGGCCCACACUGCUCACUGCCUUACAGGUGCAGCACCAUUUUAACUCACUGAUGUGAGCUCGCAUUAUGAACGGAGAGACAGCAACCCCUCAGUCCUUCCUUCACCCUGGUUUAUAUCAUGUAGUCAGACCGCCAUCUCGUCAAGCCCACAGAUCUCUGGAGAAGAGCCUCGUCAGAGAUGUGGCAACAUAGUCUGCCUUCUUGACACCCCUCCUGACCUCAAACACUGCCCUUGUGUACUUUGUCAUUUACUUAAUUCAUUUUAACAGGUGACAAAUACACAACUUAAAUUCUCUACAGGACCACUGAGAGUUCCAGAGAAAACACCCUAAAAAAAAUGUCAACACUAAUUGCAGUAUCCAUAGAAUCAUUGUCCAUAUCUUGAUGUAUUAUAAGCUAAUUUCUUGCUUCGCUUUCCAAUUUUCCUCCUCUUCAUCUGUCCUCGGUCCAUCCAUCGAGCCUGAACUCACAAAGAUGCUGUUAGGUCACACACAAGCAUAAAAUAAACUUGUGCAUUUUACUUUUAUUUCUUUUGUACAGUUUAACACAUCACUUGUUUGGGGGCAAUUUUAGACAACGUUCCAGACGUAUGUAGCAACUUUGUGGCCGUCAGUCCCGCCACGUAUUUCUUUCUCAAUCUUUAAGAGGUAUGAGAUUUUUGUUUGUCUGUACAUCAUGAUUAUAACUGUUUGGCUGUGGUUUGUUAUUUUAUUUCAUGACAUUGUGAUUCCUAGUAACUAGGCCAUUAGUACACCACACUGGGGAGGCCUCCUCAACCAUACACACUACCUCUCCGUCUUGCUACACGGACUCAAACACUGAAAUGCAUGAACACAUGCACUUAACAUGCCAGGCUGCAGCAAAGCAGAUUGACAGAUUGUAGAAAAUAAAAAAUCCGGACUCAAUGUCUCCACAUCUCACAAAUGUUUGUAUCUUGAACCCAAAGUGACAAAUAAUUUGUGGCGGUGCUUUUAGUUUGCCAAAGUAGCCUAGAUUUAGGCCAGUGUGUUUUGUUGGGUUGCAGCUGAAUUGUUUCUGCGUUACGCUAUGUUUAACACCAUGCUUUUGAAGCAGCAGUAUUAUAGUACUCUGUUUAAAAAGAUGUUCCACCAUCCUCCCCUAAAGACACCCGACACACACCUAAUAAAGGUGCCAAAAUUCAGAGCUGCUUGCCAAGUAUUUUCCACAUUGAUUUAAUUAUCAAAGCAGGUGUAUGUGUAUUAUUCUUGAUUAUUAGUAUGGCCUGCAGUUACCAUGGAAGGAGUGUUGUUCAGAUGGCCUCUUUAAGUGCAAGUAUGUCAUUGUUGUUAUUGAUAAUCACUUGAUCUGGUUUUAUUUUGUAAUGUGGAAACUGUUUAAAACUGGAUUUUUUUUAUACAUAUAUGUAUAUGAAUAUAAUGCUGUAAAGUGCAGUCAUGAAUUAAGAGAUUUCUC